GUGCGCAGAUUUAUAUAUUUAAUGGCAUACUUGUGUAGUGUAUUAAGUAACAGUGGUCUGUAAGUAAAAAAUAAAGUUACGCAAAGGCUGACUGUGCAAAAAAAUUUUUUGCUGCAGAUAUACUAUUUACCACUUACAGGUAUAUUUUUAAAAAGGUAUUAAAAAGGCAUAACUACUGCUUGCAAUAUUUAUUUGAAUCAUAAUGGCGACAACUAAGUCUAACGAUAUGAUCAGGGAGGAUCUGCCAUGUGAAAGUAUUAGACACUUUAAGGAAAGUUUAAACAGUUUGCGUUUGCUUGAUGACAAAAUAGUGUAUGAAUUAAAUAAGAGCAAUCCUACACUCUCUUUUCAACAUGAAAUUAAUACAGAAAAAAUGUGUCAAUCCUUGUAUAAUGAGUUGUUAGAGCUACAUAAGUUUCGGUUGCAGACUAUAAAUCAUUGUAUUCAGAAAAAAACAGCUGCACUAGAUCUAUUGAAUAACAAAACAGACAUAACCACAAGAAAUGAUCAAAAAGAGAUUAAGAAUCUGCAAGGCUCAGUAAGACUCUUGCAAAAUGAAUUGAUUGUUGAAGAGGUAAUAAAGAACAGAUCACUUAAGAUUUUUAAUGAGAAGUGUUGGAAGUCGUACCCUAUACCUGACAAAGAUGCUACGUGAAAAAUGUUUAUCAAAAAACGAGAAAAAUUUUAGCAUUGUUAUCAAAUUUUUUUAGGAAACUAGUUGUGACUUUUUUAAUGAAAAA